AUGUGCACAGCUUCACGUUCAGACCAACCCGGAAGCCCCUUGCUCCAACCUCCAUGCCUUUUUUGGGUAGGUCCAGGGCCUGUCGGGGGCUUUGCGGUGAGUGAAGAGUUUGGAGAUGUACAACUGUUUGGCAGUGCCCACCAGCCUCUGGGCUCCCUAGGAGUCCUGACUGGACAUAGCUUUGGCCAUCCAGCGGGUGUGUGCUCUGAUGCAGAGGGUAGCAUUAUUGUGGCUGAUGAGCAGAGGCACCAACCCAUCUGUUUCCCUGGGGUUGGGCCACAUAUCUGCUUGUGGUUGGAGGGACUAGAGAGGCCCUUGGGUAUGGCCUGUGCACCCCAAGGCCAACUAGUGGUGGCAGACGUGGGGGACAACUACAUCAAGGUGUACCAGUAUAUGGCCUACGGGUAG